AUUGAAUUGGACCAGAGAGUUGCAGUAAAAAAUGAUCCAUUGUGUAUACUUAUAACAAUUGUUAGUGUAUUCAUUAAAUAAUCAUGGAUGCUCCCGACAAUCUGUCAUGCUAUAGCUGUAUUCCGCCCUGUGUCCUCUAUGGCAUUCAUAACAAGCAGACCCUAUCACAGUACAGAACUGCAUCUUCCUUAGUACCCACCCCCAGUAGCUACGCUACUUAACGUUGAUAUUCAGGGAGCCUGAAAAACCAAAUUGGACACGGCUGAACAAAAUCCAAUACAUAUUUUUCCAUUACAGGUGUUAUUUCUGAAUGGGCAUUUUGACGUUAUAGCCAUCACAAUCAUUCGGAUCCAUGUCUUUUUUGCGUUGGGUCUCCGAGAAAUUGACCUUGGAGAGUCUGCGGGAUUUGGAGUUAUUUGGAGAGCAAUCUCAGAGAAGCUCACACAGGAACGCCCAUGAAGACAGCCAGGAGAGCCUAACCUCACUCUCCAGACGGGGAACCAUGGCUAGCUUCCUCCCAGACAGCGGUGCCUACGAGCUCCUCACCGUCAUAGGCCGCGGCCUGGAGGAUUUGAUGACUGUGAACCUGGCCAGAUACAGACCCACAGGGGAACACGUGGCCAUCCGUCGUAUUGACCUGGAGUCCUGCACCAAUGACAUGGUUGCCUACUUGCAGGGAGAGCUCCACGUGUCCAAGCUGUUCCACCACUCCAGCAUCCUCCCCUACAGGAGCAUCUUCAUUGCUGACAACGAACUGUGGGUCAUCACUCCCUUCAUGGCCUACGGGUCAGCCAGAGAUCUGAUCAGCACCCAUUUCGCAGAUGGGAUAAGCGAGCUGGCAAUCGCCUACAUUCUUCUGGGCAUUCUCAGAGCCCUGGAGUAUAUCCACCACAUGGGCUAUGUACACAGGAGCGUGAAGGCCAGCCACGUGCUGAUCUCUGCCGACGGCCAGGUGUGCAUGUCUGGGCUGCGGAGCAUCUUCAGCCUGAUCCGGCACGGCCAGCGAGCCCGGGUGGUCCACGACUUCCCCCAGUACAGUGUUAAAGUGCUGCCAUGGCUCAGCCCAGAGGUGCUGCAGCAGAAUCUGCAGGGAUAUGACUUCCGGUCUGACAUCUACAGCCUGGGUAUCACAGCUUGUGAGCUGGCCAAUGGACAUGUUCCCUUUAAGGACAUGCCUGCCACACAGAUGCUGUUGGAGAAGCUGAAUGGGACAGUCCCUUGUCUGUUGGACACCACCACCAUCCCUCCAGAGGAGCUGACCAUGAAGCCGUCCCGUUCCGGGGCAGACUCGGGCAUCUGCGAGGGCCCCGGGGCCGGAGGGGCCCGCCACUCUAACGGGGAGCCCUCGUCCUCCUCGGUGAACCACCCCUACAGCCGCACCUUCUCCCCACACUUCCACGCCUUUGUAGAACUGUGUCUGCAGAGGGACCCCGAAAAGAGGCCAUGUGCUACCACUCUUAUAGGUCAUUCCUUUUUCAAACAGAUUAAGCGCCGGCCAUCAGAAGCACUUCCAGAGCUGUUCCAGCCCGUGUCACCCAUCACCAGCUUUGAGAGCGGCCAGCCUCAGGACUCUCCCUCUGGGCUGGCUAGCCUGGAGUCAGGCCUCGGCUACCUGGAUGUGGAGGACUGGGACUUCUGACAAUGGAGGACAAACGGACGUUACGAGGAAGAGGGAAUUCUCUGAGAACACUGGACUGGAAGAACCUUCUUCUUUUUUUAUGGCACGUGUGUAAAUAAUUAAAACUUUAAACUACGGAGACUGAGUUUAAAAAGCCAGCGGCCAUCUUGCCUCCCAUUGCUGUAUCUUGCGAGCUAUACCCUAAUAAGUGCAUGAGCAAAAAGACCAUGCACAGCUCUGCUGUCUGUCACACAUCGCUCAAAGCCCUCUAAACCCACCACGGAACAAUGGAGAAUGUCUCGACUCUUAACCAAUGGCGGUGUUCCAACAAGAGACAGUUCCUCUAUAGGACAUCAGGCUGUGUCCUCCCCAAGAAGCAUCCUCAAUGGACUGUCUCCAGAGGAGGAUGUGGCUUCAUCUGCCUGCAUAUAGAGAGGCGUCACUCUACCUCU